AUGGCUUCGCCAUUCGCAGACCAAAGCACGCUGACACAAAUUUUGGUAGCGGAGCGAGACUUCAACGACAACCACCUGAAUGAGCAGGUCAUCAACUACACCGACUUCACCGACUACAUCGUCCUCUUCGUCUUCCUGACCGACUUCACCGACUACAUCGUCCUCUUCGUCUUCCUGACCGACUUCACCGACUACAUCGUCCUCUUCGUCUUCCUGAAUUAA